ACGUCGCUCUCUGGCACCGAAAAAUGUACAAAGAAAUAAAGAGAAACCGGCGGCGAAGGCAACCAGAGGCUCUGCCGUCAUGGCUGGUGACGGUCCGUGAUAUUCGCCCAAAUUGGGGUGCCCACUAUGACCACACCGACGUAAAGAUGCGUGCCCCUUCUUUAAGCCCAGCAACAUUCUUCUUUUUUUCUGAAGAGACCUCCACAUAAGCAGCAGUGACUUCCAGAGGCUUGAAGAGAUGGGCAAAACUGUAGAUAUGGCAAGGUCAGCGAAAUCGGAAUCCGUCAAAGUCGUCGUCAGGUGUCGGCCACUUAGUGAGCAGGAAAUUGCUGAUGGCCACGAAAGAAUUGUUGAUUUGUACCCGGACACUGGCAUCGUGACCAUUCGGAACCCGAAAGCAGGAGAUGCCGAUUCAGUGAAGCAAUACACUUUUGAUGCAGUCUACGAUUGCAACUCGAAACAGAUGGAUCUCUACGACGAGACAUUCAGGCCUUUGGUUGACUCGGUGCUCCUGGGAUUCAACGGCACCAUUUUCGCGUACGGCCAGACCGGCACUGGGAAAACUUACACUAUGGAAGGAAUUCAUAACAACCCAGAGUGCCGAGGUGUCAUUCCCAAUUCUUUUGAGCACAUCUUCAGCCAUAUUGCAAGAUCUCAUAACCAGCAGUACCUUGUCAGGACCUCGUAUCUUGAGAUUUAUCAGGAGGAGAUCAGAGACUUGAUCUCAAAGGACCAGUCAAAGCGGCUAGAGCUGAAAGAGAGGCCUGACACUGGAGUUUACGUUAAGGACUUGUCCUCGUUUGUGUGCAAGAGCAUCAAGGAGAUUGAGCACGUCAUGGCAGUUGGAAACCAGAAUCGAUCCGUAGGGGCUACAAACAUGAACUUACACAGUUCAAGAUCGCACGCUAUAUUCAUAAUCACAGUGGAGCACAGUGACCUUGGACCAGAUGGCAAGCAUCACAUCCGUGUGGGGAAACUUAACCUCGUUGACUUGGCCGGCAGUGAGAGACAAGCCAAGACAGGAACAUCUGGCGACCGGCAGAAAGAAGCCAUCAAGAUCAACCUCUCACUUUCUGCACUGGGCAAUGUCAUAUCAGCACUAGUGGAUGGCAAAAGUUCCCACGUGCCUUACAGGGACUCCAAACUUACGCGGCUACUACAAGACUCCCUAGGGGGAAGCAAAACCAUCAUGGUUGCCAACAUUGGUCCAGCCAGCUACAACUACGAGGAGACCCUGACGACGCUAAGGUACGCCAACCGGGCGAAGAACAUCAGGAACAGGCCGCGUGUGAACGAGGACCCGAAGGAUGCCCUGCUAAGAGAAUUCCAGCAGGAGAUAUCAAGGUUGAAGGCCCAACUGGCAGCUCGAGACAUCAAAAAGAAAAAGAAACGACCCUCGUCCAAGGAGGUAUCGCCAGGAGCAGACGAAUUUGCUGACGGUGAUGCAGACGACGAUCGUGCCACUUCGCCAUCGUCCCUGCAGCUGACGCUCGACGAGGAAAGAGUGGCCAUCUUGAAUGACCACAGCCUCAUAGCAGAGGAGCGAGAACGCCUGCUGGGCGAGGUGCAGAAGCGGCAGGAGCAGCUUCUACGGGAGCAGGAGGCAGCCGACAAGCUGGCCCUGAAGGUGCGCGCCAUGGAGAGCAAGCUCCUCUCGGGCGACAAGAACAUCGUCGACCACACCAAUGAGCAGCAGCGGGCCCUCGAGCAGCGACGCCAAGAGAUCGCCGAGCAGAAGCGGCGUGAACGGGAGAUGCUGCAACAGCUUGAAAUGCAAGAGGAAGGCACCUCGGAGAUAAAAGAGACGUACACAUCGCUCCAGCAGGAGGUCGACAUCAAGACCAAGAAGCUCAGAAAGCUGUUUGCAAAGCUGCAGUCAGUGAAGACCGAAAUCCAGGACCUCCAGGAGGAACACUCGAAGGAACGGCGUGACCUCGAGCAGACUCAGAAUGAGCUCACCAAGGAACUCAAACUCAAGUACCUCAUCAUAGAAAACUUCAUCCCACCUGAAGAGAAAGUCAAAAUUCUUUCACGAGUUGUCUACGAUGAAGAUGAAGAUCAGUGGGCCUUGCUGCCACUAUCCGAAGUUCCUGGGGCUAUGGAACCACUGAGACCACCUUCGGCCAAGUCAAGCCUCAAGUCAAAGGGUGAGCACAUCCUACAGGUGGAACUGGACAUGCCCGUGAGGACAACGCGAGACUACAACGCCCCCGCCCUGUCUCCACAUCUCAAGGCCGUCCUGGACGACGCGCUCAAAGAGGAAGAGGACCUUGACAUCGAUGCCAGUCUAAGCAUCUUUCAACGGCAUGGUGAACCGAGACAAUACCGGAGAGAGAAAAGUCAUCGCUCUAGGUCAAAAUCAGCGCGCCAUCGGCUUCACCAGGAGCCGUUAGAGUUGGCUUCCGAGGCGUCUUCGUCGUCGUCGUCGACAGUGAGCAACUGUUACCCGGAGUCAAGAGGGCUAGUGCCCAAGUGAAUGUCAGAGCCCCUACAGGAUCCGCAGAAGACGGCCACUUUCCUACUGCUAGUGCAACUCCUGCUCUUCUUUGCUGCUUGUCUAGAGUGCUCGCUGCGCAGAUGAAACCGCAAUGUCGUGACAGUGGAACCCGUCACGGCUUAGCAUGCAUUGUGACAGAGAAACCUGUCGCACCUUAGCACGCGUCCAAGGGAACGCAAAACUAGUUGCCAUACGAGAACACGAGGGACCGGGGCAAAGGUCCGUGUAUCUAGCUUUCGAUCAUCAAAACCAAAGUGCAGCUAGUUUCCAGGUGUCAGCAAAACUAGCCUGUGUCAAAGAUGAGAUGGCUAAAACUUCUACAGUGAAGCUAGAGCACGCAGGGACACUGCGUCUGCAGAGGCAGCGCAGUAAAGUUUUUUUUUUAGAAAAGUUACCACCACGAAAUGCAGAUUUGCGAGAGGAAGUCAUUUCAAACCACACACUCUUCACGUUUUCGUCACAAGCGUGAUGAAAGCGCUGCACUUGUGACGCAAUUGCCUACCAUAGAGGCAACAGCGCGGGGUGUCACGCCAUGAAUGUUUGCUGCAUGUCUCUUGUGCAGCAAUGUUCACUUGGUCGGUUUUGGAAAUAGGGACGCAAAAUUGUAGAAGACUGUCUCAUUUUAUAUAAACCUGCAUAAUGAGACCAUAACGAGACGUUUUCCCACUAACAGAACACCACACUGUAUCUACUGAAAGCAUAGCCAUGUUGCAAUAUGCUUCAUGUUGCAUUAUGUUUUAAUGUGUGACAUUGCUGUUCGAACACCAUUAGGCAAAGUGUCAGCGAGACGCACCUCUGUGACCUUGCACCCGGUACAUUAUUUUGUGUUUUCAUGUAAAAGGUUGUUCUGAAACUUUUGCUUAGCGCAGGACGUUAACUGUGAGAAAAAGGCAUGCACUAAAACGGUGAUCUGCAUUGUGGUUGAAACAUUCCAGAGGUAAACGUGUGCUAUGGUUUUGUGACCCCAGCAAAAGCCUAUUACACAAGACCAUUGUGUGCGGCAUUUUUUUACUGGAAUUCACAUUUAAGAGGUGGUCACAUAUGCAGCUACCAGUGCAGUCUUUGGUGUGUGUUUUAAGUGUGUAAGCAUUGAUGUACAGAUUACUGCUGUUCUUCUUUUUUCAAACGGAGAAGCUACUGCAUAUUUCUUUUUUGAGAAAAAAAAAGGUUUUUAUAUUAAGAGAUUUUCGAUGUCAAACUGGUAUGAUGCAUUCCACAGUUUAGUGCCUCGCUGUGUUUGGGUGAUGCAAGUCAUGAUUUAACUGUGCUGUUUAAUGCCCAACGGUAAUAUUCAGCAGCCCCGUGCGUCUGUGGUGUGAAUGUUGUCGAGCAAAAGUUUUGGAUCACCAGCGCUUAGUUGCUGCAUAAACUCAUCGGAUGCAUGCAAAACUAACUUAUAAAAGAUGCCACGUUGCAUGCAUUCAGCUACCUGGUUGCACAAAACAUGGUAAUCACAUCGCCAGCCACAGUUCAGUCCAGUCCCCUAUCGUUAGGCAGAAUCCAUUCCGUUUAUCCACUGCAUGUUAUGGUAGGAAUAUCCUCUUCUAUGUGUAUACAGUCAAACCUUGAUAUAACGAAGUUGUACUUGCAGCAAAAAACGUCGUUAUAUCGAGAAUUUCGUUAUAUCGAGGUUUCGUUAAUUCAAUAGAACUGAGAUGGGGAAAUAAACAUAGUGCGUUACAUUGCGAAUUUCGUUAAAUCGAAGUUCGUUAUGAGGUUUGACUGUAGUGUAAAUGCUAGCUAGCUUGAAACUUGAUGCUUAAGAUAAUUAAGCAGCUGGUGUUUGUACUUACAGCAGCAUGCUGCAUUGUGUACUGCUAACCUUGUGCAAGUGUACCGUGUUCUUGAGAAUCCUGCUAUGCGCUUUACGAGUUUGAGGAACGGCGAAAGCAACAACACAUUGGACAUCAAAAAAAAAGAGAGAGAAAAACUCUGAUUAACCCUGUAGGAGCCUGGUUUAAGCUUCGCUUUGGUACUGCUCAUAUCAAUUUUCCCGCUGCGGCGAAGCUUGAGCUGUGAUAAGCAGCAGCCAAAGGCGAGCGAUAAGCAUGUUAUAUAUAGAGCUAGGUAGCGGUUACUAGAAGCAUUUGCAUGCCUCACUGAUGGUUCUCGUAGCCACUUUCCAGCAUUGCACUUGGUUUGAGUGCUUAACGAACCCAUGCUCAGAUUUACUCCUUGUAGAAAAAAAGUGAUGCAUAAUGAACGGGGCCCGUGAGUGUAGGCAAAAGAGAUGUGCAAAUUUACACUCAACUGCCAAAGUUUACAGACCACAGGAUCUGAGAAAACGUUGAAUUUCCGAACAGCUUGUGGCCGUAGCCAGUAAAACCAUAUAGCACUGUGGCAAAACUGUAGCUGUCCACUGAAUGCAAUAAUGUGGUGCUGGUGCUCUACUAGUACAGGCUGGAAAUCCAGACACCACGCCAUGUUUCGAUGCUGCCGAGAUGAUCAGCUUUUUCUCAGAUCUCGCGGCCUGUAAACUUUUGCAGUUGACUGUAAAAGUGCUGUGCUGUGCUCCCCGUCUGGCUUUUCUUUUCCCACAUCAACCAAACCUUUACAUUUGAAGCCAAAGACUCCGCGCAGUCUCGCCAUGCAUCUCGCCUGACUCGACUUUAUGCUUUUUUUUAACUGUUGCAGGCAGUAAAAAAAAUGAUUGAUUGGAAAUGCGAAGAUUAGUGUGAAAUUGAGAACACAUGCUUGUCUUGGCUUUGAUCGCCAAUAGAUCGUUUCCCCAAAUGAUCUAAACGAUUGUCAAUCGUUUAAAUAGCAAGGGGAAAGAAAGCUUCAACGUAGAUAAUUCUGCAAUGCCUGCUUAUCCCAAUCUCGUCAUCUUUUACGCCUACUCUAGUUGGCCCUGUCUAUUAGCCCACCUUUUUCUACGCCCACAACUCAUGUCUAGCAACGAUGAGGCCAAGAGUGGAAGUUUGUUAGGUAACGUGGCUCUUUAUUGUGAGCGUGUGUAACCAGUGCACUGUGCAAGAUUAAGGUUGGAAACAAGCGUUUACCAAUUGUUUUUUGUUUGAGCCUCCCGAGGAGAAGCGUGGUUGCACGCACACCCUUUGCCACGAGCGAAACUCGGUGAUACACAUUGCACGUGCGACCACUCGCACAAGUGUACCGCAUUAAGUGCAUCCCAGCAUUAGUAGCUGACGAGAAACAUACCCUGGACGCACUGCAACAGCCCAGCCAUUUAGCUGCUGAGCACAAAGGCACAGUGUCCAUUCCCAGCUGCGUUCUAAUUGAGGCGGAAUGCAAGAACUGCAGAAUGAUGGUGUACUUAUAUUUAGGUGCGUGUUCAAGAGCCCUGGUAUCAUAUUUUUAGUACAUUUUCUUUUUCAGUUCCUUUUACCUCCCUUCGCAAGAAUGAAUGCAGCUGCGCUGUUGCCGCUGGAAUCGACCAUUUGGCAUGAUGGAUGAUAACAAAGAGAAUGGAAUCAGAAAAACCAUACGAACAAAAUAUGGCGGUUCGAUAGCAAAAAUUAACAUGGGCAUUGUGGGGGCAAUGCCAAAAGAAUGUUACGGUGUUUCUCAAAGCCCAGGCAUAGCUAUCAAAUGUGUAACUUCAGUGACUAUAAUAUUAUUAGUUAAAAGAAACUUUCAUCGCAUCACAUUUUUGCCAGCAGUGUUUGAAAGAGCAUAUUGCAGUCCUUACUCAUUUCUGUUAGCAGCCACCAUGCAGGAUUCAGACGUGCAUUCCAUUUAGCGGUAGCAGUUGAGGGCUUACUGUCAGUGAAGCUGCAUUAUGAAUCAGCAGUAAACACUAAAGGCAAGGCUUAAGCCAAGCUAAAGUGAUUGACCAGUGCUCUAACCUGUCGAAGCACUUCUUUUAGUGAGAGCAGUCUUUUUAAAUGCGAGAGAUACUACAAAAAAGGCGUAAACAAGUGGCAGUAUUGGUGCCACCACUGUGAAUAUUCACGGUCAACUGGCUAAAGACUUUUUAUGCCCCAUUUAUAACUGGCAAAUGGUAGCCAACUACUGACCACAAAGUGAUGGUUAAAUUGCAUUCGAACAUAAAAAAAAAGAAGCUCAGUUAGUGGUGUCCACAUUGCAUUCUCCAGUGACAGCUCCCUCACAGUAGUGAAACCUACUAAUCUCGAAGGCUCUGCUUUUGCAUACUUUAGCUCCUAGAAGUGACAUCGUGGCUGCCACAUUUUGAACAUCACCUGUUGGCACUAUUUGCGGAAGUGUGACUCGAAGAAACUAGUAGUGCCUGCCUGAGCACGGCCUCAGAGAUUGUUGGUGCAGUGUGGAAUACCUCAACUGUGCCAAUGCGUGUGGUGUGAGUGCUUCUGCUUUCUCUGGCCAUUAAAAUUGAGCAAGAUGCAUGCUGCUUUUCACAGUGUUUUAAGUUAUCCCUUGGCACAGGCCAAGCACUGAAGGAUUUACAGCACUACAAUCUGCAAGUUUAGCUUGACUUCACAUCUGCGCAUUUAGUGACCCUUAAAAAAAAAUUAAAGGCUGUAGUGACCUCUUUAGCACUGCUCUGCAAUUUUAAAUAUGGAUGGCAAGCAACUAGCCCCACUUUCUAGCUUUAGAAAAUGCUUGAAACACUCUGAAGACGAGAAACUAAUCAUACAUAAGUGAUGUUUUGUGUGAUACAGUGAGCUCAGGAAUGUCGACAGUUUAUGCAGGCCAUUUUAAUUUCGGUCUCUGGGUGCCACCGGCUUGAACAUGCUGGGUUGUUUAGUACGAAUUAGUGCAAACGUUGUGCAGUGCUGCUGCAUUCAGCACUGCGUGCACAUGCCGAUAUGUUGCUAAAGGCAACGUGUGGGCAUCAGUAGCGCACCCAGGAUCUCUGCCAGGGGUGGGUUGAAUUUUUGUGGCGGGGGGGGGGGGGGGGACAAGCACUUUGCAUAAUAUGCAAUUCCCUUGCUUUAGCCAGAUGAAUCCAACAGCAAAUAAAAUGCCUAAUAAUUAUAUUAAUAUAAUGACACCAAAGAUUAUGUCGAUGUUUAUUUCUUCAGCGUUUUACUCAAUGUAAUUUAAGAGUGAAUGAAUAAAUACAAGACAGUGAUAGUGUUCUUGUUAAUCAGGUAGAUUCGACGUCAAGCCACCUCCUGAAUUGUAAUGACAAUGUGAACAGAGCACUUAAGGUAUGUACACGUUGAACUGGUGGGGCUGGACGUGUGGGGGGGGGGGGGGUGUUACAACACCCGAAACCCCUCCGUCGGUGCGCCACUGGUGGGCGUGGUCACUUCGAUGUUGGCAGGUUCGCUGUGAGACCCACGUGUAAAUGAUGCAGAUAGAAAUCUGCAUUAAAGGGAAGCUGAAGACGCUUUCAAACAUUCCUAGUUUAAUAUCCAAGUAGUAGUAAUAGGAACCAGGCUCUAGUGGUUUCUGGCUCCACCAUUGGCGCUGUAGUGAGCUUUAAAAUAUCUGCCACCACCUCACCUUACUCAGUUAGUCUUCACCCUCUAUAUUUCACUGCAAACAGAAACUCCUGCCCAUGAUCAGCGAACAAGCUUUAUCAUGGUAUCGUUAUUUCGGUGUGGUUAACGAAGGUUCUAAAACUGGAUAUGGGAUUUGAUUCAGCUUCAUCGUCACCAUGAGCUGAUUCAAGUCCACUGGAGUAUGAAGGCCCUUCUCAGAAAUCUCGAGUUCCAUCGCCUGACUCCAUCCUACGCCUUUAAAAUUUCCUAAUCUCGUUGCACCUCCCAGUACUUUGCCACCUUGAGCUACAUUUCCUUUCCUCCACAGAAACAAGUUCUCUUAAUAGACCACUUUUUUUUUUUGUUCAUCUAUGCCAUUAUAUGACCUUCCCAACUGCACUUCUUAAUAUCAACUAAUUUGCUACUCAAUCCAUACUGUUGUCGCCUCUCAGUGUUUUCCAUUUUUAUCGCUCGUUGUGUGGCCUUCAGCUUCCUUGUUAUCCUUCUGGCUACACCCCUCUAACAGGCCAGUAUUUGAUGAAUGCACAGAUUGUAUAUCUUCUAAGAAUAUGGGCAAGCUGUUGUUUAACGACUAGGGAGUGCUUGUCGAGUCCACUUUGAUACAUUUUUGUUCUGGUGCAGAUAUACUCAUGCUUUUUUUUUUUUAAUGCUUUUUUUGCUAGUUUAUGCUACGUGGUGUGCACACGAUGAAUAGAGGCAGGCCAAAAGCUUUUGCAAAUGGUUUGCUUGGCUUACACUUCAGCUUCCCUGAUGGUGAAAAUGCCUCGGACGGUGGCACCUGAAGUCCGCAAUUGAAGUUGUCUGUAUGAAAGCAAAUAAUUUUGCCGCGCGUUUCAGGUUUUGUACUCUUGAAGCGUUAAGGGUUGUGUAAAGAGCUUCCAAGAACCUUUGCAUGCUCAUUCUUUCUGUGCAAGGACGUACAGUCUCCUACGAAAGUUUACGGGACACGGGAAAAUAUGCAACGAAUGUUAAUUUCUGCUCCAUUAGAGCGCGGCACUUCUUAGUUAAUGGAUCACUGUGUAGACCGCAAAAAUCGCUACAGACCUAGGCUGAAUUCUACACUAUGUGCCCAGGCUUCUCGAGAAUUCACAUUUUUUUGCAAAUCCUGUGUCCCUUAACCUUUUGUGGCUGACAGUACGUAUUUUAUAAUGUCACUUCAGCCGCACUUCGUGCAACCUUAUGCUGUCAACGCAGUUUGCAUCGUCACUUUGUUACGGUGAAGGUUGGUUACGUGCAAGCCAGCGUUUCUUUUUUUAUACUCGGACAUCUUUGUUAAUACAUGUGGCAGCUGGACUGUUGAUAACUAUGGGCCUUUUUUUAUUUAUUUUUCCCUUCCUUGAAAGUUGAAGAACAAGCGUUGAUGUCAACACACAGAGUAUUUGUUUCUAGUCGGUUGACUGCAAGUGAUAUUUUUGUAGACACUGUUUUACUAAUUAGUGGGUAUUUAUUAACACAGGCUAACAGCGCAUGCCUCUUGACGUUGUACGUCCUUUUCUCUUUUUACUUAUUUCAUGAGAGUUUAUUUUUACUUGGUGUGCAUUGGCACUGUCCUUUCAUUUGUGACGGGGGUGAAAAAUAAAGAUGCAUGGCCAUGGUGCCACACA